AUGGCCGAUCAUAAAAAAGCAUUUGGAGACAAAGAAACGGCAGAAAAGGAAGAGCGGAACGAAUGGCUGGCCACUCAAGACUUAAGUAAGCUAAAUGCAGAAGUGCUCACUCCCCUAACAGAAGAAGUAAUCAGUCGGCAAGCUACUAUAAAUAUUGGAACAAUAGGGCAUGUAGCCCAUGGCAAAUCGACUUUGGUUAAAGCUAUUUCUGGUGUCCAUACUGUUAAAUUUAAAAAUGAGCUGGAACGAAAUAUUACAAUCAAAUUAGGAUAUGCAAAUGCCAAAAUUUAUCGAUGUACAAAUGAAUCUUGUCCUAGACCAGGCUGCUACAGAUCUGCGGGGUCUAGCACUCCAGAUCGGUUCCCAUGUGAAAGGCCUGGUUGUGGUGGUGAAUUUAAGUGUGUUCGGCAUGUGUCAUUUGUGGAUUGCCCGGGUCACGAUAUCCUCAUGGCUACAAUGUUAAAUGGAGCUGCUGUUAUGGAUGCAGCUUUGCUUUUAAUUGCUGGAAACGAAUCAUGCCCUCAACCUCAAACUUCUGAGCAUUUGGCAGCAGUAGAAAUAAUGCAACUCAAUCAUUUACUAAUUUUGCAGAAUAAAAUUGACAUUAUUAAGGCAGGUUUUGUUUUUUCUAAAGAAGAAAGAGAAAUAACGGAAAGUCAGGCAAGAGAACAGUUUGAACAAAUUCGUUGUUUCGUUCAAGGCACUGUGGCAGAUGGUGCACCAGUUAUACCAAUAUCCGCUCAGUUAAAGUAUAAUGUGGAUGUUGUCUGUGAAUAUAUUUGCAAGAAGGUUCCUGUGCCUUUACGUGACUUUUCAUCUGCUGCUCGUUUGAUCGUUAUCCGUUCAUUUGAUGUCAAUAGACCGGGUGCUGAGGUCGAAAAUCUCAGGGGGGGUGUAGCUGGUGGAUCGAUACUACGAGGAAUCUUACAAAUUGGUCAAGAAAUUGAAGUUCGGCCUGGUAUUGUGUCGAAGACAAGUGAUGGCAAAGUACAAUGUAGGCCUAUACUAUCACGUAUUGUAUCAUUGUUUGCUGAACAAAAUCAGCUACAAUAUGCUGUACCAGGAGGUCUAAUUGGUGUUGGUACUAAAAUUGACCCAACGUUGUGCCGCGGCGACCGCUUAGUUGGUCAUAUUUUGGGUGCUGUAGGGACACUGCCGGAUAUUUUCACAGAAAUUGAGAUAGCUUAUUUUGUGUUACGACGUCUCCUUGGUGUUCGCACAGAAGGUGGUAAGAAAGCUGCGAAAGUACAGAAAUUGAGCAAGGGUGAAGUGUUGAUGGUCAAUAUAGGGUCAUUGUCGACUGGCGGUCGUGUGCUCGCAGUGAAAGGUGACGCAGCCAAAAUCGCUUUGACUGAUCCGAUUUGCACAGAAGUUGACGAAAAAAUAGCCCUAUCACGCCGUAUCGAAAAACAUUGGCGUUUGAUUGGAUGGGGAACGAUACGACGUGGUACGACUAUUGAAGUGAUGUCACCGAAUUCAAGCUGA